UGAUAACCUUCGUCAAUAAGGACGACCAUCUUCACUUCGAGAAGACUUUACGAUUAAUUUACCCAACAACUUUCACGAAGAGUUACGUUUGGUAAUCGCUCUCCGAAGUACAUAACUCAAACAAGAGUGAGCUUUUUUUCCUCGAAAGGUAUUAUUUGCUUGAUUGCAAGUACUACGUAUUCGCUUUUGGACACCUCCUCAAGUCUCCUAACAACUAGCAACCAUGCCAGCUGUUUCCGCUUCCAAGGCUAAGCGACAAGCCGAGAAGGCAGCCAAAGCUGCUGCCAAAGGUGAGAGCACCUCCUCAUCAAAAGGCACAGCUACCACUGCUUCAUCUGUCAAUGGAGCAUCAACUACAGGUACUCCUUUGACCAAUUUGAGUGCUAAUAACUCAGUUGACAACCUCGAUAUCAAAAAGCUCGAUAUCGCAACCGAACGUAAUGCAUCUGGUGUUUUGAUCAGUGACAAACAAUCUCGUGAUAUUCACAUCGAUAACUUCACUAUGAGUUUCCAUGGUCGUUUGCUCGUUGAUGGUGCCUCGAUCGUACUCAACUACGGACAAAGAUAUGGUCUUUUGGGUGAAAAUGGAUCUGGUAAAACAACUUUCCUCGAAGCUAUGGCAAACCGUGAUGUUGAGAUCCCUGAACACGUGGAUAUCCAUCUUGUUCGUGGUGAGGCUGAUCCAUCAGAAGUUAAUGCAAUGGACUACUGUAUCGAAUCCGCCAAGAAAAAGGUUGCACGUUUGGAAAAAGAGAUCGAAGAUAUGUCAACAGCAGACGAUGUUGACGAAAUUGGUUUGGAACUCAAAUACGAAGAGCUAGAAGAUUUGGACCCUUCCACCUUUGAAGCCAAAGCAGGAGCUAUCUUGCACGGUUUGGGUUUCAGCAAAGAAAUGAUGGCCAAACCAACAAAGGACUUGUCUGGUGGUUGGCGUAUGCGUGUCAGUUUGGCUCGUGCUUUGUUCGUCAAACCCCAUUUGCUCUUGCUUGAUGAACCAACCAAUCACUUGGAUUUGGAAGCCGUUGUGUGGUUGGAAGCAUACCUUUCCACAUAUAACCACAUUCUCGUCUUUACCUCUCACUCUGCCGAUUUCAUGGACAGCGUUUGCACAAACAUCAUGGAUUUGACUAUUCACAAGAAGAUGGUCUACUAUGGUGGUAACUACAGCAUUUACGUUCGUACCAAGAGUGAAAACGAAGUCAACCAAAUGAAAGCAUACCACAAACAACAAGAAGAAAUUGCACAUAUCAAAAAAUUCAUUGCUUCAGCUGGUACAUAUGCAAAUUUGGUCAAACAAGCAAAGAGUAAGCAAAAGAUUAUUGACAAGAUGGAGGCAGCAGGUUUGGUCGAGCCAGUCGUUCAUCCCCGAGCAUUACGAUUCAACUUUGAGGAUAUCCGUAAAUUGCCACCUCCAAUUAUUGCCUUCAGCGAAGUUGCAUUCAGUUACAGCGGAGAGCAAAAGGAUUUCUUGUACCAAGGUCUAGACUUUGGUAUUGAUAUGGACAGUCGUGUUGCUAUUGUGGGACAAAACGGUACCGGUAAAUCUACAUUACUCAACUUGAUCACAGGAGCAUUGCAGCCCGUCAAUGGAAGUGUGCAACGUCAUGCAGGUUUGAAAUUGGGUAAAUACAGUCAACACUCUGCUGAUCAGUUACCAUACGAAAAGAGUGCAAUCGAAUACUUGGAAGGCAGAUAUCACGAAAAGUUCCCCAACAAGGAUAUUCAAUUCUGGAGACAACAAUUGGGUCGUUUCGGUCUAAGUGGAGCACAUCAAACAAGUGCUAUCCGUACAUUGUCUGAUGGAUUGAGAAACAGAGUUGUGUUCUCUCAAUUGGCAAUGGAAAACCCACACGUUCUUUUGUUGGACGAACCUACUAACCAUUUGGAUAUGAACUCAAUUGAUGCACUUGCAACUGCAAUUCGUGAAUUCGAAGGAGGAGUUGUGAUUGUUUCUCACGAUUUCCGUUUGAUCUCACAAGUUGCACAAGAAUUAUGGGAAGUGAAGGAUAAGAAGAUUGUUAAUUUGUCCAAGGAAGAUAUUGGUAUUGCAGAUUACAAGAAGAUUUUGAUGAAGAACUCAGCAGAAGCUAUCGAAAGAGCCAAGUUGACCGCCAAGACUGGCAGGUAAAUCAAUCACAUUUGAUGCGUUUAAAAAACUGUCUUUAUAGAUCAAUCAUUUAUCAGAGUAUUCAUACCAAAUCUAAUCAGGUUCUCUCUCUCUCUCUUUCAUUUGCACCUCAAAAGCUGUACAAUCUUUCAUCAGCAUAGCAUCUCAUACUAUAUAAUUUAAUGGAAUGAGAUUUUCGUAUGAACGCAUAGAUGAAGAAAGAGAACCAAAAAGGUUCUCAAAGGUUCACCGGGCAAAAGAUGAGUGUGGG